AAGAAUCUUGAUACCCAUUUACAUAGCCUCCUCACCCUCGAGGUACAAAAAGCGCACGGAAGAAAGGAUAAGUGGAUAGUGACAAGCCGUGACACCUUGGCAACUGCUCAACACCAGGAGGGAUCAAUCAAUCUUAAAACUUUUUUCAAAAUCAGACGAAGACUGCAGCAACAGAUUGCCAAACCAGCAAAGGAACGAGGAAAGCACAGCUCCAAAGUAAUGCCAUCCAACAAGUACUCCUCUGCCAUCAUGGAGGAAAGUAGCAAGAUUGCCGCCACGGCUGCGGUGAAUGGAGACGCACUGGCUGUGGAUGGACUGUCCACGGAGAAUGACAGCGGCCUGAAGAUGACAAGCGAGAGCAGUCCUCUGACGGCCGCAGAACCCCCCUCGCCCUUCAGCCCAAAGCAGAACGGAGGCGCAGAACCCCCCUCGCCCUUCAGCCCAAAGCAGAACGGAGGCGCUGCCUCACCUGCGGACGCAGACGUGAACCAGCUGUCAGCCAGUAGGAAGAGAAUCCGCAAGCGCUCCGUAUCAGAAGACGAGUCCUCCUGUAGCGAGGAGGAGAAGGCACGUGUGCUUCCAGGCUGUGCGUCCAGCCUGAGGCAGCGGCCACCCCCCAGGACCAUCUUCCAGGCUGGCCUGACGCCCCUCAGCAAGCCCCGCAGCAGAGACAGAGGCCGCCAGCCGGCCAGCAAGGCUGACCGCAGCAGCCCUCUGACAUCUGCCUGCAGUGAGCCCACCGUGGUGCCGUCAGGGGUCCCUGAGAGCCCCUCACUGGAGCUGCUGGAGCAGGACUCUAAGGACUCUGCCCAGAGCAGCGCCACAUCCACCUCCGCCGCCCCCUCCCUGGGCUCCACCGAAGUCACCAGCCAGCCCGAGUACAAGGACAGUAAAGGCUUUGGCAUCGGGGAGCUUGUCUGGGGGAAGAUCAAAGGCUUCUCCUGGUGGCCCGGCAUUGUGGUGACCUGGCGUGCCACAGGCAAACGGCAGGCCACCCACGGCAUGAGGUGGCUGCAGUGGUUUGGGGACGGCAAAUUCUCAGAGGUGUCAGCUGAUAAGCUUGAGGCCAUCACAGCUUUCCCCAAGUACUUCAACCAAUCCUCCUAUACCAAGCUGGCGUCGUACCGCCGGGCCAUCUUCCAGGCUCUCGAGGUGGCGAGCGCGCGUGCAGAGAAGACCUUCCCACCCUGUGAGUCAGACAUCCCGGAGGACCAGGUGAAGCCUAUGCUGGACUGGGCCAACGGGGGCUUCCUGCCCAAGGGCCUGGAGGGCCUCAAGCCCACCGAAAACUCUGAGAGCAGUCCUCUCACCUCUCAUGUGCUGGACGUCAGCCUGUCCGACUACUUCCCCACGUCCAAGAGACCACGGAUUAGCAUGUGCAAGACCAAGACGGGCACGGAGGACGUCUACAGCAGAGAGCAAAUGGUCCAUGAAGUCUUGAAGAAUUCCGGUAGCAUCGAAGAUUUUUGCCUGUCCUGUGGGAAAAUGCGAGUGGCAACUUUUCACCCGCUCUUUGAAGGAGGCCUGUGCCAGGCAUGCAAGGAUGUGUACCUGGAGAUGUCCUACAUGUACGAUGACGACGGCUAUCAGUCUUAUUGUACAGUGUGUUGCGGAGGCAGGGAGGUUCUGCUCUGUGGAAACGCCAACUGCUGCAGGUGUUUCUGUGUGGAUUGCCUGGACAUGCUGGUGGGUGCGGGCGCAGCUAACAGUGCGCGGGACCUGGACCCAUGGCGCUGCUACAUGUGCCAGCCACUGCAGCAGUAUGGCGUUCUCAAGCGGCGCCACGACUGGAGCCUCAAGCUGCAGGAGUUCUUCGUCAAUGACAACGGACAGGAGUUUGAAAGUCCCAAAAUCUACCCAGCAGUCCCAGCAGAACAGAGGCGCCCCAUCCGUGUGCUGUCUCUUUUUGACGGAAUUGCCACAGGCUAUUUGGUGCUGAGAGACCUGGGCUUCAAGGUGGACAUGUACAUAGCCUCUGAGGUCUGUGAAGACUCUAUAUCCGUGGGCGCCGUGCGCCAUGAAGGAAAGAUCCAAUAUGUCCACGAUGUGCGCAACAUCUCCAGGAAGGACAUUGCCGAGUGGGGCCCAUUUGACCUGGUCAUUGGUGGAAGUCCAUGCAAUGACCUCUCCAUUGUCAACCCAGCAAGAAAAGGCCUCUACGAGGGCACUGGCCGGCUAUUCUUUGAGUUCUACCGCCUCCUGAGUGAAGCAAAGCCCAAAGACGGCGAGGACCGGCCCUUUUUCUGGAUGUUUGAGAACGUGGUUGCCAUGGGGGUUAACGACAAGAGGGACAUCUCCCGCUUCUUAGAGUGUAAUCCAGUGAUGAUUGAUGCCAUUGAGGUGUCUGCUGCUCACAGGGCACGUUACUUCUGGGGAAAUCUACCUGGCAUGAACAGUUUUCCAUUGUUCAGGCCCCGCUGUGCCUCCGGCAUGGACAAACUGGAGCUGCAAGACUGUCUGGAGCACGGGAGAGUUGCAAAGUUUGGGAAGGUGCGCACCAUCACCACCCGCUCUAACUCCAUCAAGCAAGGCAAGGACCAGCAUUUCCCUGUCCUGAUGAACGGGAAGGAGGACAUCUUGUGGUGUACCGAGCUGGAAAGGAUUUUUGGGUUUCCUGUUCACUACACAGACGUGUCCAACAUGGGCCGAGGUGCUCGGCAGAAAUUGCUGGGUAGAUCUUGGAGCGUGCCAGUGAUCCGUCACCUCUUCGCCCCCCUGAAGGACUACUUUGCCUGUGAAUAAUGAGCCUCUUGGUACCAAGCCCUGCUUUUCCUCCACGACCACACACACACAUACACACACACAGACACACACACACAACGGGGGUCUGUCACCAGAGUCUAUCUCUGAUGGCGAUAGGGAGCUCCAAUGAGCACUGAGCUUACAGUGUCAUCUCAUAACAACUAGGCCCACAUAACUCCCUCAUUGGUGGACAGACCAACCAGGAUCCUCAGUGUGAAAAUACCUGGCAAAGAUGAAGCAAGGUGGCCCUGGAUGAAAUUGUGUGUCUGUGUGUGUGUUUGAGAGAGAGCGAGAGAGGAGUAGAGAGAGAAAGGAAGAGUGUUUGAUUCAUGAUAACUAUUUGUUGUCAGACAUGUCCAAGGGGCUCCCCCUAAAUGCCAGGGAAAGGCAAAGGUGCUCAGUUCAAUAGCCUGGAACAACCGGUGCCACAUUACUGUAAAGUGACUACAUGACAGGCUUCAAGUUCAGCCUCGGUGUCACUCCCAAACUCAGGGUGAGAUACGUAAAUGUCCUUUUAGACGCUGGAAUUAUCAGAGAGAAGACAUCGUUUGUAUUUGUUUGGAGACAUUGUGCUGUUGAUAGAUGUCAUUUGCCAUCAGUAAAUGUCAUUUAUGUAUGUCAGUAAGAAACACUUAACAGAAUGAUAAAGAACGGUUUUCAUCAUAAAUGGGAACAUUUUUAGAAAGAUUUUUUUAUAUCCAGUUAUAAAGAGAUACUUGAAAUCCUAAUCAAUGCAAAAAGGUGUUUUUUGAUGCACCACACCAAUUGACUUUUGGCUGUAUUUCGGCACUAUAGUUUAUGUAGAUUGCGUGGAAUACCCCUUUGUGAGAACAAUGUGUUUUCUUUGCAAAAAUAAUGCAAUUGUACAUUUGUGCAAUGUCUUAAAAUUGAAAAAAAAAAAUAGAAUAUUAUCCAAGAAAAAAUAGAAUAGUGUUGAUGUCACUUUGAAGGGUUGAAGAAUACAUGAGAAUGAUGCAUAAAAGUACAAUAUUUUAAAAUGUAAGAUUUAAUGCUAUAUAUAACUAAAUAUAAAUCACUAGCAUAAAUAUCAUAUAAAUGACAUCAGAAAGUUUCCCCUUUCAAAGUACAUAUACUGUAUAUCCAGAACUGGCUGGAAAAGUUAAAUUUUGUGUUUGCCAGAUUUAGAAUUUGUGUGUUUUUAUCCAAUAAAAACUGAAACAGAACUAGUAUAAAGUAUAAAAGACAUUUAUGUCAUCUCCACAAGAGGGCAUUAUCUUCAUGUUUGUAAGAUUUUUGGAAACAUGUCUACAUUGUCUUGGCAAAUCAAGUCAUUGAACACUUUUAUUGAGAUUUUGUACUGUACUGUGUCUGGUCUUUUGACAAACCCAAUGUUUACAACUCACCAUUGCGUUUAAAAUGUAAAGAUCUUAAGAAAUGGAAAGUCCAAAGUCCAAAUCAACAGAAUGUUGGUGUUCCUCGGUGAAUACAAAGAACACUUUUAAUGUUCUAUAAGCCUGUUGUUUGUUUCGGUUGUGACACAUAUGAGAGGUGGGAGAGAUGGAAAGGUGCUAGGUUUGCCUUAACAAGAGAGCACUCUGCUGUAGCUUUUUAUAUUGAAGAACUUUUUACUGUCUGUUAAUCAUUUUGUAAUUAGCAUCUUUGUCUCAUACCUUUAUGUAUACAAUGUCUUUUGAGCAACUGCUAGUAUAUUCUCUAUAUGUAAGGUGUAUUCUCAUGGCCUACAUACCAACUGGAUAUUACAGAAUUUUGAUAAUUGUCAGGACAGAGAGCUAAAAACAAACAUUUAUAAAUCUUGUGCUCACUACAAGAAUUCACAUUAUUGCAAUUACUAUUUUCAUUCUUUCAAAAAGAUUCACUUUUAAAUGUUUUUGUUAUUUCCUGGAGUCUGUUGGUGCACGGAUAAAGUGAAUACUUCCUCAUAGAUCACAGCAUGUAAUGAAAGAUUCUGUUAAGUUGCUGUUACUGAAACAUGGAACUUUCUCAAGUGUAAUCCGGUCUAAUUACGCGUUGACAUGCUUGAAAAGACAACCGCUUUCUCUUGGCUAAUGGGUAUUCUUCUCUGCCAUGACCAUAUUCCUAACCCACUAUUUUUUACUCAUGUUUUUAAUACUUUAAACCUUGAUGUAUACAUAAAGCCUUUAUGUUUAAAGAUACAAAGUAGAAGAAAGGACAGCUUUUGAAAUAGGUUUGAGUAGUCUUUGAUUUUAUAUUAUGUUAUAUAAAAACAUUUGUGUUUUUUAACUUCUGUGAAAGAAUAGUUUGUGGUAUACUCAGCCCUGUAUUAGUACCCAGUUGUUUUAUUUUAACCAUAGCUAUGGUUUUAUUCUGCGAAUAAAACAUUCAAGAACUAGACUUUCCUUUUAACAUAAAAGCACCCACAACUCUAUUUUUAUACUGUUUUACUUGAUAUUCUUGAACACUGUCAAUAAAACUGAUAAUACGUUAUGUUA